ACAUUCGCAUCAAAAGUAGCUGCAAUUCAGGAUAAAUACGCAGAUUCUUCCAUUGGUAAUGUGACUGGUUCCAAUGGUGUAAAUGUAUUCCUCGGAAUAGGAAUAGCAUGGACUAUAGCGGCUAUUUAUCACUGGUGGCAUGGGGAUAAGUUUUACGUAGAACCUGGAACUCUUGCAUUUUCCGUUACUAUAUUUUGCCUUGAAGCAUUAAUUUGCAUUGCUGUGAUUAUUCUAAGACGGCGCCCACCAAUUGGAGGUGAACUUGGUGGACCUUUGAAAUAUAAGGUUAAAAAACUGAUUAGUCUUAAUCAAUUCACGUUGUAUUAG